GGAAAUAGGUCAUAUGACCCAGUAGGCGCGGUUUAUGAUAAAUGAAGGACAUGUGUUAUUGGUAGUCUGCCACGAGAGUCUGUGUCAACAAGUAGCCAGUGUGUUGACUGGGUGUACAUUUGACUUUGUUGGAGAUCUAUCUACCCCCGUUUUUUGAAGUUUUUUUUUUUAGAGAAAACACCUGUUUUAUCUGUGAUCUAUUUUAGAGUUUCAGAAUUUGACACUUUCUGUCCAGAUCUUCCACUAUCACACGAUAAAACCAUGGCCAGUAUUUGUGUGUCCAUCUUCAUUUUGAUGGCUGCUACUUUGUGCGCUGGGUACCCAGCAGGUGGGCCGUACUACUCCUGCAAAGGUCUUCUACCAGGGCAUGGUGAUGGGCCCAAGAAAACAGCUCCCCCCUAUAGAAUGAGUGUGAGUCAAGCUACGGUGGAAUCUGGAGGCAGCACUUCCGUGACACUAUCAAGCAUAGAUGUACCGUUCAUGGGGUUCAUGUGCGCUGCCAGUAAAUACGAGGAUGAAGCAAACAACACAGUAGGAGAGUUCUCACGAACAGAUGAUUAUGUCAACAUCACUCAGCUCGUCAAUUGUUCAGGCUCCACACCUUAUACAGGGAUCACCCACGUGAGCAGGAACCCUAAAAACACUGUAGUCUUUAACUGGUCAGUUCCUGACAGUGCAAGUAGUGGAUCUGUUUUCAAAAUCAGGUGUACCUUUGUUCAAUCCUUCAACGUAUACUGGAUAGACUCCUUGGUGAAUGUUACAGUCGACAAUAAGAUCAGUUCCAAUGAAAACAGCAGCUCCGUACAGACCAGCACUUUGAGAAAUCUGAUUGCGUGCUUGUUGACAGUGUUCUAUUGUUUUCUCUAGGCGUCAGUCUUGUGUGCUGCUCUGUAAGACUUGACCUGGAGAUAAGUUUGAAACCAAAAAUUUUGAAAGCAUAACGUGCCUAGUCAUUGUAGCGUCAAAUGUAAUUCUUCUUUGAGGCCUUAUGAAAUUUACUGUGACUCUAUGACUGAUUAGAUGACUAGGUGACUAUAGGACUAGGUGACUAUAGGACUAGGUGACUAUAGGACUACGUGACUAUAGGACUACGUGACUAUAUGACUAGGUAACUAUAUGACUAGGUGACUAUAUGACUAGGUUAGGUGACUAUAUGACUAGGUAGGUGACUAUAUGGUUGUAGCUUGUUUCUGAGCUUGUUUUGAACAUAAAUAUGUUUUUUUUUGUUUUUUUUUUGCGAUUUGUUUUUGGGGGAAAGGGUGGGUUGAUUCUUUCUUGAAAAAAUAAAAUUAAUAUAAACAUCAUAAAUAUGAGAUCAUUAAAGUUAGCGAGACAAAAUUAGGAUCUAAGUUAGUGAGACAAAAUUAGGAUCAAAGUUAGCGAGACAAAAUUAGGAUCAAAGUUAGCGAGACAAAAUUAGGAUCUAAGUUAGCGAGACAAAAUUAGGAUCUAAGUUAGCGAGACAAAAUUAGGAUCUAAGUUAGCGAGACAAAAUUAGGAUCUAAGUUAGCGAGACAAAAUUAGGAUCUAAGUUAGCGAGACAAAAUUAGGAUAUAAGUUAGCGAGACAAAAUUAGGAUCAAAGUUAGCGAGACAAAAUUAGGAUCAAAGUUAGCGAGACAAAAUUAGGAUCAAAGUUAGCGAGACAAAAUUAGGAUCAAAGUUAGCGAGACAAAAUUAGGAUCAAAGUUAGCGAGACAAAAUUAGGAUCAAAGUUAGCGAGACAAAAUUAGGAUCAAAGUUAGCGAGACAAAAUUAGGAUCAAAGUUAGCGAGACAAAAUUAGGAUCAAAGUUAGCGAGACAAAAUUAGGAUCAAAGUUAGCGAGACAAAAUUAGGAUCGAAAUUGGUAAGUUACCAAAAUGUUCGCCAUAGUAAUUAAGGUACCGGCACAUCAUUUUCAUUUAUAUUCUAAACAUUCCAAUUUUGUUGAACAACUUUGUAAUUUUAUGCUGGGAUUUUUAAAUAUUUUCUAUUGCCAUAAGUUUAAUCAAUGAUAGCAAUUAGGAUGCUUGUUUCUAUUUUACAUUACAUUUUUAAUUUUUUUUUUUCUAGUUCGAAUUUUUAUGUUCUCUGUAUAACAUUUUAAAAUUUUAUUUUCUUUUUUUGCCUUUUUAAAUUCUAAAUUUAUUUUUGAUGUAAUAAGAAAGUUUUCAAAUAUUUUUUAUAAAGGGUAUAAAAUAGUUUAAAUUUAGUUUGGUAUUCUUUUUUUUUAAUGUUUGAAAGUUCAACUUCACUACAAAUGUAAUAUGUACAUGUAUAUAUAUAUAUAUAUAUAUAUGUAUGUAUGUAUUGUGCUAAACUUUUUGAAUUCAGAAUGUUGUCAGGUUUUAUAAAUCCUUGUAAAUAUUUUAUUUUGAAUAAAGUAAACAUAUGUGA